AUGGGGUCAGGAGACUGGCAAGGGGAGCUCUCCUUACCAGUUGCAGACCCAACUGGAAGAGUGCACCCGCUCUGGGAGAGCGUGGACCUGGUCCCGGCGGGCGAGCGCCAGUCGCCCAUCAACAUCCGCCGCUCACCAUCUCUUACGACCCGACCACCUGCCUCCACGUCUGGAAUAACGGGUAUUCCUUCCUCGUGGAAUUUGAAGAUUCUACAGAUAAAUCCGCUGCACUCGGUGCAUCAGAGUGCAGUCACAUUUCAAAGCUUUGAGGAUGCAGCAACUGGAGGAAGGUGGUUUCACUACGAUAAGAAUAUUUUUAAAGAUGAAGUGAAGCUCGAUGAAGUUAAGUGCUCUCCUGCCACGUCAUGCAGUUAUCCGCUGGAGAAGUCAACGGCAAAGCUGUGGACCACACUCUGUGCGGUGCCUGUCAGCUCCUGUAGCUUCAGCAGGUGCAGACCUUCCCUGGAGGCUGAGUGUUUUCAGGCUACACAUCACAAAGAGCUGCAGAAAUUGGUGGAUACUUUGCCAUCAAUCAAGCAUAAGGACACCCUUGUGGAAUUUGGGUCAUUUGAUCCUUCCUGUCUGAUGCCCGCCUGCCCAGAUUACUGGACCUACUCGGGGUCCCUGACUACCCCGCCCCUCUCCGAGUCUGUCACCUGGAUCAUUAAGAAGCAGCCCGUAGAGGUUGAUCACGAUCAGCUCACCCAGAGAACUGGUUUGUUGGAGGAUUCUUUAGCUACAAAACAGUCUUCGGGAACCUCCAGAAACUGAAUUUCCCCCUCAGAGGCCCCGACCCCGCUGCACUGCGAUCAUGGGCAGCUACCUGGGCACACCCAUGGCCAGUCUGCCACGCCUGGCCCAGAAGCGAGGUUCCCCCUGGCCCAGGCCCACCCACUGCCGCCCAGGCCUGGAUGGGAGCCGUAGCCUCUCCUGAGUCCGCAGCCAGCCCACCCCCACCAUGCCACUCUGCUGGGACCAUGCCAGAGUCUGGAGGGUGAUGGUCCCCAAGGCCUGGAGAGCUUUCACCGCAAGCCACCCCUCCAGAUCUUCAUGGGGUUGGAUUUUUCCAGUGAUCACAAGAGUUUGAUGAAGUGGCUGUGAAGUGCCCAAUACCCUGCACACACCUGGAGCCUGGUGACAAUCGAACUCACUCCUGCAGAGCGCAGAGGGAAAUGUUACAGGUGCCUGCCUAUCCAUGAGCCCCUGGGGCCCUAUGCCAAGGAGGCCUCGCUGAGGGCACCUAGCAGAUGCAAGAAAGGAAAACAGAGAAUCCUCGGACCUGUCUGCAUCAAACCUCCCAGGCCAAGAGAAAAAAGGCAGAGCCCGGGCCAGGCCAUCCUCCUGCAGGCCUGUAUGGAGAGACAGAGUGGUCCCUUCCUUUGUGCCCGGGCCUGGGCCUCCGAGGCGAGGCCUCUGCUCCUGGCGCAGCAGAGCCCCAGAGGACACCGACCCGGGCCUACCUGCCUCAAGGACACAGCGCCGUGGCCUGGGCUGCCGAGCAGAUCAGUACUCCCCAGGGCCUGGGCCUCCCACGGCCUGAUGUCUCCCCUGUAUCCUGAGUCAGAGCCCUGCCACCUCCACCUCCUGAGACUCAAACCCACAGUUGUUUCACUCUGCCUUACCCCCACAUGGGCCCCUGACACCCCCAGUCAGCCCUCUCCCCUGCAGCUGGCGGCUCCACCAAGCCCCCAGACCCACUCCCUUGACCCUGCAGAGCCCACACUGAAGAAGCUCCCCAGCUACCCAAACCUCUGCCUUCCUUGUGCCCACCCAGUCUUCCUACCUGUUCCCACACUCAUCAGGAAGGCAUGCUUCUCCCCUAUUUCCCCACUUUGUGAAGUAAAAAUGGCGUUCUUAUUUUAGAUAAAAAUAAUAGACAACUUUAUGAUCACA